AUAAAAUAGUGGCAAAGUGUGAAAAUAAUCGGCAAACAUAGAUGCUAAGGCAAGAUGGCGUCUUUUAUGAAAUAUGUUGGAGAUGUAACAAAACAUUUCCAAUAAAACUUUUUUUUUAAUAAAGUAGCAAAAUACUUGCUGAAAACUAAAUAAUCUAAAUUUCGGUAAUAUUUAUGAUGGAAAAACAAUCAAUUUUUGUGCAUAGACAGUUAAAAUGGUAACCAAAAACAAAAUUGUGCAUUUGCAUUUUAUUUAGUUAAAAAUAAAGAUGAGAAAGUUUUUAAGAAAUGCAUCCAAAAACAAAAUUGUGAAUUUGCAUUCUAAUUUAUUAAAAAUAAAGAUGAUUUGGUAUUAAAAUAAAGCUAAUUAAAUAAACCAAUUAAUUAAGUGAUAAAAUAGUGACAAAGUGUGAAAAUAGACUGCAAACAUAGAUGCUAAGCCUGCGAGUUACGGUAAAAAGAACGGCAUGUGGUAUGCUUCGCCGGGCAAUCAAGGCUGGGGCUCAAAACCUGCCAGUCGUAAGCCAUCAAUAAUGGAAGCGGAUUUGGGUACAUUAUCAACCACAUCGGGUUCGAUAAAACGUAGUGCCGGACGUGUGAUACGUAUUAUCAAUAAUUUGGAUCAUUCCGUGCAGUGUCGUGUCUUACUCAAUCUACGCACUUCGCAGCCGUUUGAAGAAGUGUUGGAAGAUUUGGGUCAAGUACUGAAAAUUAAUGGCGCUAAGAAAAUGUAUACGGGCACAGGACAAGAGGUGCGAAGUUUUUCACAGCUGCGCAAUGAAUUUGCCGAUGUGGAUACCUUUUAUUUGGCCACCGGCACCGCUUUAAUAGCCGGCUCUCCUAUCAGACGUUCACGUUCACGGCCCUCCGUUAUGGCGGCCGCUCCCAUACUACCUACAGAAGAUCUUCCAAAGGUUCCUUUACGUGGCGCCCGGCCACGCAGUAAAAGUCGUCCACGUAUUUUAUAUGCACCCGAAAGUGAAAUCUUACGCACAAAUGGUGAAUACACCAUGUUGGAUAUGAUGAAGGAGGAUCCCACCAAAGUAACUAUAAGGGGUCUGCGUCGAACAUUUUAUCCGCCAGCACAUCAUGCACCAGCCGAUAAUACACCACCCGAUAAGAAGUUGCAAUUGCAGUGGGUCCAUGGCUAUCGCGGCAUAGAUGCUCGUCGCAAUUUGUGGGUUUUACCCUCAGGGGAACUUUUGUACUAUGUAGCUGCCGUGGCAGUUUUACUAGAUCGCGAUGAAGAUGCUCAGCGUCAUUAUACCGGACAUACAGAAGAUAUUAUGUGCAUGGAUGUUCAUCCUUCAAGAGAACUAGUGGCCUCGGGUCAAAAGGCCGGCAGAGAUCGUAAAUCGCAAGCUCAUGUACGCAUAUGGAGUACAGAGUCUCUGCAAACUUUAUAUGUGUUUGGCAUGGGCGAAUUGGAUACAGGGGUAACAGCAGUGGCCUUUUCCCAAUUAAAUGGUGGCAGUUAUAUUUUAGCGGUAGAUAGUGGGCGUGAGAGUAUACUCUCGGUAUGGCAGUGGCAAUGGGGCCAUUUGUUAGGCAAAGUAGCGACCCUGCAAGAAGGUCUUUCUGGAGCUGCCUUUCAUCCUUUGGAUGAUAAUCUAAUUAUAACACAUGGCCGCGGUCAUUUGGCCUUUUGGCAUCGGCGCAAAGAUGGUUUCUUUGAGCGCACCGACAUUGUGAAACAGCCAUCACGUUCUCAUGUCACUAGUGUCCAGUUUGAACCGGAUGGUGAUGUUAUAACGGCAGAUUCAGAUGGUUUUAUUACCAUUUACUCGGUGGACUCGGAUGGUGCCUAUUUUGUGCGCACAGAAUUUGAGGCACAUACCAAGGGCAUUGGUUGUCUGAUAAUGCUGGGUGAGGGCACUUUGCUGUCGGGUGGUGAGAAGGAUAGGAAAAUAGCGGCCUGGGACUCUUUGCAGAAUUAUAAGAAAAUAGCAGAUACAAAGCUACCCGAAUCCGCAGGCGGAGUACGCACCAUUUAUCCCCAACGUCCCGGCCGCAAUGAUGGCAACAUUUAUGUGGGCACUACACGCAACAAUAUUUUGGAGGGCUCUUUGCAAAGACGUUUUACCCAAGUUGUUUUUGGUCAUGGCCGCCAAUUAUGGGGUUUGGCCGCUCAUCCCGAGGAUGAUUUAUUCGCUACGGCGGGACAUGAUAAACAUAUUGCGUUGUGGCGCAAGAGCAAACUUAUUUGGACCAUACAGACGGGCUAUGAAUGUGUCUCUUUGGCCUUCCAUCCGUUUGGCACGGCCCUGGCUGCUGGCAGCACUGAGGGCCAUUUGUUGGUAAUAAAUUGUGAGAAUGGCGCCGUUAUGUUGACGCUGAGAGUGUGCGGCUCGCCGAUUAAUUGUGUGGCCUUUAAUCAGGUUGGCGACAUGAUUGCUAUGGGCUCACAAAAUGGCAGCAUUUAUUUAUUCCGUGUUUCGCGAGAUGGUUUCUCCUAUAAAAAGGUCAACAAGAUUCGAGGCUCUCAGCCUCUCACACAUUUAGAUUGGAGUAUGGAUGGUAAUUUUGUGCAAACAGUAACCAUAGAUUUUGAUUUACUAUUCUGGGAUGCCAAAUCCCUGAGUCCCGAACGCAGUCCGAUAGCCAUGAAAGAUGUCAAAUGGUUGACCAGCAAUUGUACGGUAGGAUUCCUAGUGGCGGGACAAUGGAGCAAUCGUUACUACAGCAAUAACAAUACCAUAAUAGCCACCUGCAGUCGUUCGGCGGCCCAAGAUAUGUUGGUGUCCGGGGAUGCCGAUGGUUAUAUUAGAUUAUUUAGGUAUCCUUGCAUAAGUCCUCGUGCUGAAUUCCAUGAGGCUAAAGUGUAUUCGGGUAUGGUGGCCUGUGCUCGUUUUUUGUUUGGUGACCAAACUAUUGUUACUGUGGGUGGCAAUGAUGCCUCUUUGAUGGUUUGGGAUUUGGUUGAAGAAUAGCUGAAAUGGCCACCAUGGCGUACAACUGUACAGUAUGAGACCCGCUAUUCCGACUACUGGCGUCGCCGUACCUCCAAGCAAUCCUCCACCAAUUUGGACAGUGAUUCUUUGGAAUACCAGUAGUAUGAAUAGCCCUAUAAAAGAAACAAAACACCCAAACGUAAAGACCUAGACGUAUUGCAUUUUUUGAUUCGGUUUAAAACAACAUAAUUAAUGAAAAACAAAGGCUUUUUUAAAAGUAGUUUAAAAAACAAUUUGAGAAAAAUUAGAAAAAGAAACAAACUUCCACUUUAUAAAAUAUAUUUUGGAUAGAAAUUUUACUUAAAAUAUUUAAUCAAUUUAUAAGUUUAUGUUUUCUUUAUUGGUCUUCCUUUUAUUUGAACCAAAAUCCUUAAUUUAUUAAAAGGCUUCCAAAUUCUAGCUCUCUUCUUUAGUUUAAUACUUACGUCUUUUCUUCUACUCUCUCUAUCUCUUGACCUCCUCCUACUUUACAGACUAUAAGCCACUGGUGGACUUAAUCCUAACUUUACUAACUACCAAUUCACUCAAAAUAAACCUAAAACUAUUUUUUUGAUACAUACCAUUUUUACACUCAUUUAGUUUUCAUUAUAUUACCCCAUGUUUUUGUGUUCUAUUAUUUUCGUAAUAAUUAAUAAAAUAAACUAUUUACUUAUUAAAAUGUCCAUUUAACAUUAAAUUUUAACAAUAAAAAAACUCCCAUUAAAUUGUAGUUGAAAUACAAAAACAAACAAAGUGCACUUAAAAUCAUUAUUAACUAUUAAUAACUUUUAACUUUAAGAUACAAACAAAUAAACCAAACGAAAAUAUUAAGUAAAAAAACAUGUUGGCAUUGAAAAUUAUAUAUUUAAAGAACUACUAACUAAACUGAAUUGAAAGUUUAAUAAAAUGAAACUAAAAUUAAUAAAAUAAUUGUUGAAAAAGUAUAAAAA